UAACAAGGAACAUCUUCAGUCUGUCACACUGACAGCAAAAGAGAAAUAAGUUUGAGCAUCUUCAGCACAAGGCUUAACACCACGGCCACAGAGCUUUUGACAGGGUCUUAGGGUUGUGUCAUCCCUUUUUCUCUUUCUUUUUUUCGGGGUCCCAGACGGUAUGCGUGUGGCCCUACACAGGGACUGAGGUGGCCGUUGGAGACAUUUUGGUUUCAACUGAGAGAGGAAAUUUAGUAAAGUUGUGCAAUGUCACAAAAGUUUUGAAAGCCUGUGAGACAGAAUAGCAAGCCGAGGGCUGUAGGUUGUUAACUGGAGAAAGACGCCUCCAUGUUACAUUCAUACAGGAUGGAGGGGUAUCUUACCUCACAUCAAGCGGCAGAAGAAAUGAUCUAUGACGCUGACAUCUACCGCCCGCCGAUAGAGUACUACCCUUACAUCAACAUAGAUGAAGGCCAAGGGGACCACGUCUGGGACUACAACCCCCACCACGUCCACGGCGGUGACUUUGAGAAUAUUCCAGACACCCACUUCACAGAACUGCAGAGCGUGCAGCCUGUGCACAUCCCAACUCUGCAUCCGCGCUUCGAGUCGGAGCCCAGUCACUCGCUGGACCCCAACCUGGUGGGACACGGGCACCACCUGGCCCUCUCCCCUGCGGUGCCGUAUUUCCGAUCGCCACUCUGCUACCCCCAGAUGUCUCCAAUCCGGUGCAGCUCCGAUGACGGUGACCCUGGAAGCCGCAGUCCACCACUAGAGGUGUCUGACGAGGAGGGCCUGAGAGAGCACAUCAGCUCCACCACUGGUGGAGAGCCAGGCAACAAGAAGAAGAUCCGUCUGUACCAGUUUCUCCUGGACCUCCUGCGUAAUGGGGACAUGAAGGAGAGCAUCUGGUGGGUGGACCGGGACAAGGGCACGUUCCAGUUCUCCUCCAAACACAAGGAGGCGCUAGCACACCGCUGGGGCGUUCAGAAGGGCAACCGUAAGAAGAUGACCUACCAGAAGAUGGCUAGGGCGCUGCGCAACUACGGCAAGACAGGCGAGGUCAAAAAGAUCAAGAAGAAGCUCACAUACCAGUUCAGUGGAGAAGUGCAGGGGAAGGGGCACAUUGAUCGGAAGAUGUACCAUUAGGAAAGCAAAACACGAAGAGGAAACAGAAAAUAUAACGGUUAUGAACUCUUUUUUAGAUAUAGCUAAACAGAGAGACUGAGAGGGAGACAGAGAGAGAGGAUAAGAGUGGGUCUGUUUUGUAACAAUUAUCGAACUGCAGAUUCACUAUACCAUGGAUGCAAAUGUGUAUGAAUGUCUGUGGUUUCGGGCAUUUGCUACUGCUUUAGAUUUAUAGACUGCUUCAGGGAAAUCUCAAACUUUGAUGUUAGAAUUUUAAACGUUGGCCUUUCAUUCAGCUGGCAUCAUGACUUCUUGGGUGUCCUUGAGCAUAACAACCUAUAGACAUUAUCCAGUGUGACUGCCACGAUUCUAGCUUCCAUACAGGCUUUUCUCUGAGGUCUCUGAAAUCCUUGAAAUGGAUAUCCUUAAGCUACUGGUACACAGUUUUUGAAGCCCAAAAUCCUGCUCAGAGUAGGCCUCCAAACUGGGAACUGCUGUGUUUUUAGCAUGCAAUACCGUACCAUCCAAGCAGAAUCUUUCCCACUGGAUUGAAAAGGGUCUUGAAGUUUGGGACGGUAUGCCAUGAUGUGUUAUAAUAUUCCUUAACCUGUGUGUACGUCUGUCAAGUUCUAAAGUUGAUAUGUAGAAGCCCACAAUGCCUGUAGCAAACAAUGCCUGAAAGGCUGUAAGGUCUCUUCAUUCAUAGAAUUUCACAGAAUUUCAGUUUUUUUAUGUAAUUGUAGGCUAUUUGUAUUGUGUAUUAGAAACUGAUCAUUCAAACUUGGAAAGAUAUAAGUAUCCCAUUAUGAAACAGGUUAUUUUCUUUUUCUAUUAUAAUUGUGUGACAGUGCACAGUACAAUGGAAAAAAAAAAUCACUAGUAAAAAGCAGAAGUGAAAACCAAUGACACAGCCUCAUGCUGCACGACAAACAAUACUUGACCACGGCAGCAAACUUAACAUCUAAAGGCGCCUCAAGGAGCCUUUAGAACGUGCAUAUUCUUCAGUUAAGUGUUGGAUCCCUGAUGGACAGGCUAUCUGACACAAAAUAAGGAGCUUUUUCUUACCACCGCCUUGGGCUCUGUAAAGUGCUUUCAAACAAUGUACAUUGUUAAUGGUAUUAUAUACAUUAAAAAAAAUGAAUUUAUUUAAUGAAAUUGGACACACAAAGACUCAGGAUGAAACGAAGAGCAUUAGAGCUGAUAUUUAAUUCUGCUAUAAUGAACUACACCGAUUACCGGCUAUUUGUUAGAUAUCUAAAUCUGCAUUCCUUUGGGAACAAGUUUUACCACUGUUUGCAUUCAAAGCACUAAAUGUGAAUUUAAUUUUAACUGGUAUUUCACAUCAAUUCUUUAUUGAUAAAAAAUAUAAAAGAAGACAAAACAUAUUCAGUGUAUAUUAAGGUAUUUUAUGAUUGGAAUAUUGUGUUUAUUCACAAUUUAUUUGUUUGUAUGUUUAUUCGCGAAGAAUUUCUUCAACAGCAUUAUGUGUACUAAUAAAUAAAUAAAUAUUGGAUA